CCCCGCCUCGUGGCCUCCCCCUCCUUUUUUAGGGUUUCGCGCGUCACUCUCUCUCCCGCCCCGCCCCGCCCCGACCCCGUCCGCUCGUUUGUAGGGUUAGGGUUCCGGCGAGCAGCCCCUGCCCCCCGCCGCCGGCGGCGAUGGGUGUCCCGUCGUUCUACCGCUGGCUGGCGGAGAAGUACCCGAUGUUGGUGGUGGACGUGGUGGAGGAGGAGCCCGUCGAGAUCGAGGGCGUCAAGGUCCCCGUCGACACCUCCAAGCCCAACCCCAACGGCCUCGAGUUCGACAACCUCUACCUCGACAUGAACGGGAUUAUUCACCCCUGCUUCCACCCCGACGACAGGGCCUCGCCCACAACAUUCGCUGAGGUUUUCCAGUGCAUGUUUGAUUACAUAGAUAGGCUCUUUGUCAUGGUUCGCCCUCGGAAGCUUUUGUACAUGGCCAUUGAUGGUGUGGCUCCUCGUGCUAAGAUGAACCAGCAGCGCUCUAGACGAUUCAGAGCUGCAAAAGAUGCUGCUGAUGCGGCUGAAGAAGAAGAAAAGCUGCGUGAAGAGUUUGAGAGGGAAGGAAGGAGGCUUCCUCCAAAGCAGCAAUCACAAACAUGUGAUUCUAAUGUUAUUACUCCCGGGACGGAGUUUAUGGCUGUUCUAUCAGUUGCUUUGCAGUACUACAUCCACCUCAGGUUGAAUUAUGAUCCUGGAUGGAAACAAAUUAAAGUUAUUCUUUCUGAUGCCAAUGUUCCUGGUGAAGGGGAACAUAAAAUCAUGUCCUACAUUCGUGGCAAUAGGAACCUUCCUGGAUUUAACCCAAAUACCCGACAUUGCCUGUACGGCCUGGAUGCAGAUCUAAUCAUGUUGGCUCUAGCAACACACGAAGUGCACUUCUCUAUACUGAGAGAGGUGAUUUAUACACCUGGACAGCAGGACAAAUGUUUCUUGUGUGGUCAAGUUGGACAUCUAGCAGCAAAGUGCGAAGGAAAGGCAAAACGGAAAGCUGGGGAGUUUGAUGAGAAGGGUGAUGAAAUAGUACCGAAGAAACCCUACCAGUUCUUGAAUAUAUGGACCCUACGAGAGUACCUAGAAUACGAGUUCAGAAUGCCAAAUCCAGCUUGCAAGACUGAUAUUGAACGCAUCAUUGAUGAUUUCAUCUUCAUGUGCUUUUUUGUUGGCAAUGAUUUUCUUCCACACAUGCCGACACUAGAGAUCCGUGAGGGAGCUAUUAAUUUGUUAAUGGCUGUAUACAAGAAGGAAUUUCCUAAUAUGGGUGGCUAUUUAACCGACGCUUGCACGCCGGAUCUGAAUAGAGUUGAACACUUCAUUCAAGCAGUUGGUUCAUAUGAGGAUAAAAUAUUUCAGAAAAGAGCUCGUUUGCACCAGCGUCAAGCUGAAAGAAUAAAACGUGAUAAAGCCCAAGCAAAGCGAGGUGAUGAUGUGGAUCCCCAAGUCAGGGGUGAUCUUAUUGUACCUGUUGCACGUUUCCAAGGAUCUCGCCUUGCCUCUGGGGCUGUGGCUUCACCAUUUGAACAUAAUGGACGUAGCACGGAAAAGGGCAGUCAAGCUAAGAAAGCGCGUAUAUCCUCUUCAGAUUCCAGCCUUUCUGCUGCUGUUGUUGAAGCUGAAAUUAGCGUUGAAGCACAGGCACGUGAAAACAAAGAAGACCUGAAGUCAAUGCUUAAAGUUGCACUUCGUGAUAAAUCAGAUCUUUUUAAUUCUGAAAAUCCUGAGGAGGACAAGAUAAAGCUUGGAGAACCAGGAUGGAGGGAAAGGUAUUAUGAAGACAAGUUUGGGGCAAGAACGCCUGAACAAAUUGAAGAAAUACGUAGAGAUGUUGUUCUCAAAUAUACUGAAGGUUUGUGUUGGGUAAUGCACUACUAUUAUGAAGGUGUCUGCUCAUGGCAAUGGUUUUACCCUUACCACUAUGCUCCCUUUGCUUCGGAUUUAAAAGGUUUAGGCCAGCUUAAUAUAACUUUCGAACUCGGGUCACCAUUCAAACCUUUCGAUCAGCUUAUGGGAGUUUUCCCAGCGGCGAGCUCACAUGCACUACCUGUACAGUAUCGGCAAUUGAUGACCGAUCCUAGUUCACCGAUAAUUGACUUUUAUCCGAUUGAUUUUGAAGUAGAUAUGAAUGGAAAGAGGUUUUCUUGGCAGGGGAUAGCCAAACUGCCCUUCAUUGAUGAAGAUAGGUUGCUGUCUGAGAUUAAAAAAGUCGAGCAUACUUUGACGCCUGAAGAAGCAAGGCGAAACAGUACAAUGUACAAUAUGCUUUUUGUGAAUGGCGCACACCCAAUUUCGCCUUAUAUCUACUCUCUAAGCAGCAAAUUCGGACAUCUGGCUGAUAAUGACCGAAAUGAAAUUAAAGAGCAGCUCGAUCCUUCUGCUAGUGGAGGAAUGAAUGGUUACAUCUCACUUUGUGGUGGGGAUCCAAGUCCGCCCGUCUUCAGAUCUCCGGUGGAUGGACUGGAGGAUAUUAUGGACAAUCAAGUGAUAUGCUCGAUCUACAAGCUUCCAGAUCCUCAUAAGCACAUAGCACGUCCACCUGUUGGUGUUAUCAUACCCAAGAAGGUUGUUGAAGCUGGUGAUCUGAAACCACCGCCUGUGUUGUGGCAUGAAGACAAUGGCAGGAGGCCUCAAGAUAAUAACAGGAGGAAUUUUAAUAACAGCAGCAGGCAAAACCCUGCAGGAUCGAUACAGGGCCACCAACUAGGGGAGGCUGCGCACCGACUAGUUGCAAACAGCUUGAAUGUUCGUGGUGGCGGACAAUACUCGCCGGCUAGGCCAUAUCAAACUAUAAUGAAUGGUAUGCAUUAUCCAAACGGAAUGCCACCAAGGAUGCAGCAGCCUGCUGGACGUUCUGGUUGGCAUGUUCCUAGUGAUAGUCUACCCAAUGGUCAGGCGGUGCCAUCAGGUCAUCAGUAUACAAGAGAUAAUCGUGGGAGGCAACAACCAUAUGCGAGAGACAGCCGCAGCGACUCAAGAGGAGCGGGCCGACAUCCAUCUGGAUACCAUCAGAAUAGUAGCAACGCAUAUUCAUCGCAUACUGCUCCUCCGUCAUCGGGUUUUGGACGAUAUGGGCAACCCCCCUCGUAUGCUGGGGUGUAUGGUGGUGGGGCCUACCAGCCUGCACCAUAUGCAGGAGCCCAACAGUGGCAGCAGCAACAACCUCCUAGUUCCUAUUCUGAAGGUGGGGUACCUGCUGCUAGACCUAAUUCCCGACCGCAGCAGUCACAGAACCGCUACAGCAACUUGGAUAGGACUUCAAACAGGAGGCCACCAGGUCAGGGUCGCUACUAGGCCCGCUUCCUCUUUGGUUCUAGCCCUGGCUCUGCUGUUACUACUUGCUAGAACUUACUUUGACUUAAGUCAGGCAUAGGAAUAGAGACACAGCAUUUGCAAAGUCUGGGUGAUCUUCAAGCUUCUUCGUCGUGGUAUAAAAAUUACCUAGGAAGUGUUGUAUACUAUAAAUUAUUGCCAGAUCACCAGAUACUGGAGUAGACGCAUCCAAUUUGCAAAUUCUGGUGAUCUUCAAAGCUUCUAGGCAGCAGCAGCAGCAGCAGCAGCAAAGAUUGUAAGCGGCGUGUUGUACACUAGCAUUUAUUUUGAGACCACCAGAUGUUGGUGGCUGAUUUCCGUUCUUUCAUUUGGGGGCAUGAUAUAUAAGUUAUCUGCUGUUGGGAGGAUGUUCACAAGUUUUUGUAUUGUAGAGAUGAUGUAUGUAUCUGGGAUUCAUUCAAUUUUGAUGAUGGAUAAUUAGAUAUAUGCAUAAGAAAUCCCAUUUUUCUCUUAUA